AUGGCUGAAGCAGAAGCAGCCCAACCAAGGAGUGCAGAACCCCAGCAAGCUGAAGCUAUAAAAGACGCCACUCCUAUUCCAUUUCCACACCUUGCUAAGAAGCCUAGAAAGCAAAUGGAACUAGAUCCCAAAAUGGGACUCACGUUUCCCAUUGACUUUUAUAUCCUGGAGAUGCCCCAAAAUGACUCAAGGAGACCUUCGUCAAUCCUGCUUGGUAGACCGUUUUUGAAGACUUCAAAAUUCAAGCUGGAUGCCUUUUCGGGUACCUAUUCCUUUGAGGUAGAUGGCAGAAUAGUGAGCUUCAAUCUAGAUGAAGCUGUGAAGCAUCCCCCAGAAGAUCACUCCAUAUUCCAAUGUGACAUCAUUGAUGAGAUUAUAGCUGCAACUCACCAGAAAGAAAUGGAAGAGAGUCACAUGGAGCAAGACCCAAGUGUGGGGACACCCUCUGAACAUACUGAUGAUUCAUCACCAUUUUCGCCAGGGCCAGAGAAUCCAGAACCGAAUCAUGAGCGGAAAAUGGAAUUAAAGCCCCUUCCUCCACACCUCAAGUAUGCAUACCUUGAGGACAAGCAGAAGUUUCCAGUUAUCAUUGCAAGGGAGCUCACUUCCCACCAAGAAGAACAACUACUUAGUGUGUUGAGGACGCAUAAGAAAGCAGUAUCUGAUGUAGCCCCUUGGAGACUAACAGGUUUACUGAAGAGGCACGGGAUCAUUCAUAAAGUAUCAAUAGCCUAUCACCCCCAGACUAAUGGGCAAGCAGAGGUAUCUAACAGAGAGAUAAAGCGCAUACUGCAAAAGGUAGUCAAGCCUCAUAGAAAGGACUGGAGCACUAGGCUCCAAGACGCGCUUUAG